AUGGCUACCGCCAACAACUCCUAUUCCAACCAGUCUUGGGGGCCCCUCGACACGCUGCAGGCCAUCCCAAGCCCUCUAGAGAAGCCGGUUCCUUAUUUCAUCACGGCUUUCCUUUUGUUCGUCUUUUAUUUCUCUAUCCAGCAGACGGAGCAGACGCCUCACACCGACCUGCCCAUACUCAACCCGCGCCACAAGUGGGAUUUCGCCUGGUUGAAGGUCAAAUGGGACUUCAUUUUCAAGGUCCGACACGUUGUGGAGGAGAGGACCAAGACCAACCCCGAUGAGCCUUACCAGGUUCUCACCGAUGCCGGGGAUAUGACGAUUCUGCCGGCGGUGCCCUUUGCCAACGAGAUCCGCAACCACGAGGAUCUCAGCUUCGACCGCGUUCUGGACAAGGCAAGUUUUCCUUGGGACUGCACUACCUACAGAGCCAGGAACUUCCAUGCUUACCUGCCUGGUUUUGAGCCAUUGAAGGAAGCCAACUCGCAAAAGGCGGUUCUCAAAUACGUCAUCCGGACAAGAUUGACCCAGUUCUUGUCCAAGCUGACGGCUCCCGUGUCCGACGAGACGACCGCUUCCCUGAACGACGUCAUCGGAGAAGAGAAGGAAUGGCAAACCGUCGUGAUCAAGGAGGAGAUGCUCAAGGUCGUGGCCCGGGUUUCCACUCGCGUCUUUGGCGGAGAGAAGCUCUCCCGCAACCAAGAAUGGCUGAAGAUCACCUCAGAGUACGCCAGAACCAGCUUUCUCGCCUCGGAACUGCUCCGGAUCUUCCCCAAGCCCCUCCGCAGCUUCGUCCACCAGAUCAACCCGCUCAGCCGCAAGCUCCAAGCCCAAGUGAAAGAAGCCAGGGAGAUCAUCAACCCGAUAGUCGAGGAGCGCCGCGUGGAGAAGAAGGCCGCGCUGGACCGCGGGGAAGAGGAGCCCGAGUACAACGACUGCCUCGAGUGGUGCGAGGAGUCUUGCGAAGACGCCAGCUCCGACCCUGCCAUGAUGCAGCUGGGGCUUUCCUUUGCCGCCCUUCACACGACAUCCGAUCUCAUCACACAGGUGAUGCUUGACCUUGCCAAGUACCCUGACUACUUUGAACCCCUCCGAAAGGAAGUCACCGACGUGAUCCGCACCGACGGAUGGUCGCGUAUGGGUCUCUACAAGAUGCGCCUCCUCGACUCUUUCUGCAAGGAGACCCAGCGCCUGCACCCCCUUGGGAUCGUUGCCAUGCACCGAGAGGUCACCAAGCCCGUGACCCUCUCCAACGGCCUGGAACUCCCGGAGGGCAGCCGCAUCGCCGUCAGCUGCCACCGCAUGCGGGAUUCUUCCGUCUACCUGGACCCCAACCGCUUCGACGGAAACCGCUACCUCCGCAUGCGCGAGUCUCUCGGCGCCGGCAACGACGGAGCCGCCCACUUCGUCAGCACCUCGCCCGAACACCUCGGCUUCGGCCACGGCCAGCACGCGUGCCCGGGUCGCUUCUUCGCCGCCAACGAGGUCAAGAUCAUCCUCUGCCACCUCCUCCUCAAGUACGACUGGCGGCUGGCGGCCGAGGCCCGGCCCAACUCGGUCAACUUUGGCUUCACCAUCGAGGUCGACCCCAAGGCCAAGAUCGAGAUCAGGCGGAGGACCGGCGACUUGGGGCUCAAGGCGUAG